CUUCGUUGAUAUCACCGACCGGCUUUAAAUCCCCCCCGCCACUAUCACGACCACGACGACAACUCCCUAUACGACCCUCUGUCCAGAAUAAUACCGUACCUGUUUACCUGGACACAUAAUCGCCACUACACAUAUACGUCCGCAAUGCCUAUCUCAUUAUUACCCGCCUCGGCGGCUGCCUUUGCGCCCCGUUCAACCGUCAAUGUAGUCCUCAGCUCAAAGGUCGAGCCCUGGUUGACACAAACCCUCAAGAGGAUAAAUCGAGUCAAGCGCCCGUUGAACAGCGUCCAGCAACACACGCGAUGUCUCACGGAAACCCUAUCUGGAUCAAAUGCCAUAUGGUCGUUGUCCUCCAUCAUGGUCCCCAAGGCACCCGACGCCGAACUCCGCAAGGACUCCAACCCGUUGGUCGAAGCACUCUUCAACUACCAGCUCAUCCACAUCGAAGCCUACGCCGUGCACGUCGACAUGGUUUCACAACAUGAGGUUGCAUUCAAGCUCACCCCCGAAACCAUCGAAGCGCUUAUCGAGUACCACAAGGACAUAUACUCUGUCGACGUGUCCGCCAGCACCUGGGAAUGGGCCGAGAAGGAAGUCCAACUGAAGAAGCUCCAGGACGAGUUCGUCCAGGCCGUCAACCGCUACGUAUUCCGAACCGGUGUCAGGGCUCUCGAGGGCCUCGAGGAGGAGGGCGCGGGAGAACUACUCGAGGGACGAGGUGAAGACGUCAAGAACGCCAUCAUGGGAUUGUUCCUCCCGCUGCUCCCUCCUCCUCCCCGCAUCGUUGAUGUCGUCCGACCCGCACCGCUUCUCCCAAGCUCGCCGGCCGCCGCGAACUGGUGGCAACCGGGACAGCACAUCUCCCCGUCGCACCCAGUCACCAUGGACUCUUGGAGAGUGGUACCAUCAACACCGAGCCCCACCAUCACUACCUGCGGUGAAACGCAGCCUUCCUUCUGGACGACCAUGGGCAUGAACGACCACGUCCAGCUGCCGUCGCCAACACCGUCCUUUAGCCAACCGUUCUGCACGACCAGCCAGUACUACAGCCCGCCCCAGGUGACCGCCCCGAUUCCUUGCCUCCCUCUUCCGAGCGUGUUGGCCCAGCAGUGCGGGUCGAGCGCCAUGAAUAGUGGAUUCAGCAGUGGGUUCGGAUGGGACUCAGGAUUCGCACCGCAGUAUGCAGCAUUCACGUAAACGGGAUGAGUCAUACUGCUGUCGUUUCCUUCUUCUCCCUUCCUCUUUCCCACUGUCUCGGAGUCGGUCGCCCGGAAGCGUGGACCUGGCCAGUCCCCCAGUUCUUCCCAACGGUUGCUUGCGCACAACCCGGCGAUGUCUGGCACGAGACAAUACAUGUGCAACAUACACGAAAGAGAUGUCUCACAAACAUCCCAUCACGGCAUAGGACGGCGUUUCAUCGAUUUAGCGUAGCGAUUCUCCUCUCUCACCUCUUUGAUAUCCUCCUCUUUUUUCCUUACUCUUUUUUUCCAUCUUUUUUUUUAGCGAAGCGAUUUUCUGUUUU